AUGAAUUACAAUUUGGGUGCCAAGUGGGAGCAUGAGAUGACCACCAAUGAAGAGGAGGAGGAGAUGCAAGAAGAAGAGGAGGAGGAAGAAGUUGAUGCAAGCCUCAGAUUUGCAAAUAAAAUGAUGGCGGAUGCAGGAAAUUGGUGGGCUUAUGAGCAACUUCAUCAACAACCACAGUGGGGUGGCUCAGUUGCAGGUCGCGCUUACAAAAAUCGACAACGUGGGCUAGCUAAUCAAAGGUUGUUAAAUGAUUACUUCAUGGAUAAUCCAAUAUUCAAUGAGGUCGAGUUCAGAUGUCGCUACAGAAUGAGGCGCGAAGUUUACCUUCGCAUGCUUGAUGAUGUUCAGACGACCAACUCCCACUUUAAGCAGUCAUAUGAUAGCGUCGACCAACCCAGCUUCUUGCCCUAUCAAAAAAUAACAUGCGCACUCCGUAUGCUUGCCAAUGCAUGCUCAGCAAAUUGCAUGGAUGAAUCAUUUAGGAUGCCUGAAUCAAUUGCGAUCGAGAAUAUGGGACAAUUUUGUCAUACCAUUGUCACGAUCUACCGGGGACUUUACCUCCGGGAACCAAAUUCAGAUGAUUUGGAUAGACUUUUACAACGAGCUGAGAGACGAGGGUUUCUGAUGCGGCUGAAAUAG